UUUUCACAUUUCCCGUUUUCUGAUUCUCUCCAUCCAAAAUCCGAAAAAUCCGUUCCGAUUCCGUUUCCGAGUUAACUGAGUCAAACCGCCGAGUCAACGACCAUGACUGGAACUGGCGUCUCCGCUGCCAAGGCCAAGAAGGCGAGGUCUCCGCCUGCACACCCGCCAUUCGUCGAGAUGAUCACGGUGGCGAUUGUGGCGCUGAAGGAGAGGACGGGAUCGAGCCAGUACGCGAUCACCAAGUUUGUGGAGGAGAAGCACAAGAAUCUGCCGCCGACCUUCAGGAAGCUUCUGCUCUACCAUUUGAAGAAGCUCGUGGCUGCCGGAAAGCUCGUCAAGGUGAAAAACUCGUUCAAACUGCCUCCGGUCCGCGGCGCCGCUCCGGCGAAAGAGAAGACGGCCGGUGCGCCGAAGCCUAAGAAGUCGGCGGCGGUGGUCGCCAAGGCGAAGACCAAAACGGCUGCGAAGCCCAAGGCGAAGGUUGCGUCGAAGCCCAAGUCGAAAGCGGUUGCUGCUAAACCCAAGUCCAAAGGGGUGGCUGCUAAACCUAAGGCGGCAGCUGCGAAGCCAAAGGUGAAGAAGGCGGUGGCGGCCAAGCCUGCUGCCAAGGCGGCAAGAACAUCGACGAGGACGUCGCCGGGGAAGAAGGUGGAAGUGAAGUCUAAGGCUAAGGCGAAGAAGCCGGUGGCUCCGGCGAGAGCUGUGAGGAAGCCGAAGAGUGUGAAGUCUCCGGUGAAGAGGAAGGCUCCGGCGAGGAAGGCGAAGAAGUGAGAUAGUCUUAGAGAUGGUGUUCCGAGACGUUUCUGGAGGGGGGUAGUUUGUGUAAAUUUGUUUAGGGAGUGAGGGUAGUUUGGGAGUGGAACAGAAACAGCGUGUUUGACAGAGAAUUUGUAGGGUUAUAUUUUCUGAUUUGUUUGUUAUUUUUCCAACAACUUUGGGGGUUGUUAUUUGCUAACUUUUUUUCUGUAGUAUGAAUGACAUCAUGAAUGAGAUGCUUAUUGUUGAUAACCAAAA